CCUGCGCGCUGCUGCUGGCUUCACCUGUGGAGCGGGACGGUUGAUAACGGAGUGUGUGAGGGAGCCGCCGGACGGGAAAAUGCCGCUGGGCCUGAAGAACAGGAGGAAGAACAAGUCGCGGGACAGCUCCACCCUGGUGGACAAUGAGGGGGGCCCGGCUUGGAGGGGAGCGAGUCCCGGGGCGCACUCCCCUAGCGCCGGUGGACCGGGGCUCCCGGCCCCGCCGCCUCACGCCCGGCCCAAGCUGGUCUUCCACACGCAGCUGGCGCACGGCAGCCCCACCGGCCGCAUCGAGGGCUUCUCCAAUGUCCGGGAGCUGUACGCCAAGAUCGGCGAGGUGUUCGGGAUCCCCGCCUCUGAGAUUCUAUUCUGCACGUUGAAUACUCACAGAAUUGACAUGGACAAGCUCCUCGGGGGACAGAUUGGCUUGGAAGAUUUUAUUUUUGCGCACACAAAGGGUCUGAAGAAAGAAGUGGACGUAUUUAAAGCAGAAGAUGCCCUGGGAUUAACUAUAACUGACAACGGGGCAGGAUUUGCUUUCAUAAAACGCAUCAAAGAGAACAGCAUCAUUGACCGAGUUAAAGUAAUCCUCGUCGGCGAUCACAUCGAAUCGAUCAAUGGCCAAGGUGUGGUGGGCUGUCGGCACUAUGAAGUGGCCAAAAUGCUGAAAGAGUUGCCAAAAGGCCAAACAUUCACCAUGAAACUGGUAGAAACUACAAAAGCAUUUGAAGGAAUUGAGCCAAGGUCACGAGGAAGAUCUGGUGGUGAAGGCAAGAUUGGCACAGGGAGAGGUACAUUACGAUUACGUUCAAAGGGACCUGCAACUGUUGAAGAAUUACCCACCGAAUUCGAAGAAAAGGCAAUCAGUAAAGUUGAUGACCUAUUAGAAAGUUAUAUGGGUAUAAGGGACACAGAACUAGCUGCGACCAUGGUUGAGGUUGGAAAGGACAAGAAAAAUCCUGAUGAAUUUGCUGUCGCACUUGAUGAAGCUCUUGGAGACUUUGCUUUUCCGGAUGAGUUUGUCUUUGACAUUUGGGGAGCGAUAGGCGAUGCUAAGAAGGGAAGACUUUAGUGCCAACAUUUCUAUAAGGAUCAAUGGACAGUGAAACUCUUCAUUGUUCCCUUUUUAAUGUCAAAUGGACAAUUAACUUCUGUAGCCUGAAAGUGGAAUGAAUGCAGUUUUAAUUGAAAUGAUUGAUUCACCCUGUGACUUCUGUCUAUCUGUGCUAUUACAGCCUAGUUUUAUCGAGUGCUUUUGGUUUUAUAAACCCGAAACAAAAGGGCUGUAAUCAUAAGCAUAAAGCCAUAUAAAAUACAGCCAAUGAAAUAGAGCAUUCCCCAUACCAUCCCGUUCCCCUUCCUGCCACCCAACACCCCCAAACAUGGCUUGUUAGGGUUAGCCUCAGCACAGAUCCACUUUUUCCAAGAAGAUCAGUGAAGAGCAAUUUAUCCCCUCUAUUCCUCCUUGAUCUCUGCUGGAGGGCAGCAUUUGAUGCAAAUAUAAAGGAGGUUGAGUGGGAUUGAGAGAUCAGAAUGUGCCUCCUCCUAUUAGGAACUGAUAAAGCGCUUAUAACCUGAUUGACCAUUUGCCAAUGUUGCUGCUGUGUAAAGUGUAAUAAUGGGAGCAAGAAAUAUUUUAAUUCAAUAUCCACUUAACUAAACAAUUGCAGCAACAGACUUUGUUUCUUAAAAUUGGUUUGUGUAAAAGGGAGCAUUUCAAAUUUAUGGCACUCUGGUUUAAUCUGAGGUGAUUAAUUAAGGGUACUGUACACAAAAGCAUAUUGGCUAUGUUGCAAUUCCCUGUUACUAUGAAUAAGGCUGGCGACAACAUUGGCGACUAUAGCUGUAUAAAUUAUAUUGGACCAAAGAUUUUCUGCAGAAUAUUUUGCACACUCCAAUUGCUCGAUCUAAUAGGGGCUUUGUAUAACUUUAAGCAUAUAUGGGCCUAAUAUAUUUUGAGUCAGAAUUGCAAACCAAGAAGUGUUUUUAUAACUACUAUCUGGGUUUUUAUGAAAACUUAAAUUUACGUACCACAGUGUGCCUAAUGCUAUACCGCAGUGUGUUUUUAUAACUAAAUUACUAAUUUUGAUUUUUGAAUGAAAUGUGGUAGUAGGACUGUCACCUAAUCAGAAGUUUGCUUGGAUUUUUAUUUUAAAUAUAGAUCCAAUGCUCCCUAAUUUGAGUUCAUUUAAUCUGUAAAUACACGUUGCCUAUUGAUUUAUGUGAAUACAGGUAGGAGUUUACUGCAGUGGUUCAGCUUCUCUUUACCUGGGACAAUGUCCUCAUCUGGCACAGUUCCCCAGUCCCCAACUUUCAUUCACUGGAAAACCUUUCGUUAAUCCCAGUGCAAAGAGCCUGGGAAACUAAUUAGAACUUCUUGGAAGAGUCAUUAUUAUAUAUAUAUAACAUCGUUUGUUGAGUCAAGCUGUAUGAUUUUUCCACCCACUGUUUAGAACAUUUCAUUUUUCAAUGCAGUAUAUAACCGGAUUUAAUUGAGAGUGCAUCGUGCAUUGGAUGUCUAUAAUCUUCAACUUUUAUUUAUUUAAGCUUUGUGUUCUAUGUCAGGGUGGAUUUGUGUUAAUGUUGUGAUAUUUAUCAAUGGGAUAUAGGUGCUUAAUCCAUUUUGUAUCGCUACUACUAUACAAUUACUUUACUGAAACACUUACCUCAUAAACUGUUCCCAGGGGUCAUUCAACCUUAGUGUGCCUUAAUCUCGCCAAAUCAUAACUAAAGUAAAAAUCAACAUUUCUAUUAACUUGUAUCUUGAGCUGCUGAUUUCCAGCAGGUUUUUGGGUGUUUUGAUUUAUCGCCGAAUGAUAGGACAGCAAAACCUCCCCUUUCCAUCCCCCCCACCCCCCCCCACCACCACCACCACCACCACCAACGGCCUCCCACAUAACUUAGCACUUUGCAAAUCUCCAGGCUCACACAAUUCUGACAGGACCAAGCAGAAUAAGAAAUUCAAGCACAAACACAGCUUGACCUGCUCGAAACCUGGAGGUUGCUUAUGGAUCACAUUUGGAUGCCUCUGUUCUAUGGGACCAGUUUUUUUUUUCAAAUUCAACCAAAUUUCUUCUGCACUUUCGUUUCCAGGGGAAAUAAAAAAAAUGAAAAAUAACAUUAAGCAUUAUUCACAAGGGGUGUUGCACAGUGGAAAAUAGACAUUCUGCCAUAAUUGUACUUCAAAAUGCCAUUAUGGAUUUAUCAUGACUACUUUGCCUAAAACAAUGCAUGUGUGUGAACUACUGAAAAUUAGAAAUGAGAUUUACACUACAUCAAGUGAAAAUAUCUUCUGUAACAAUUGUUUUCUAUUAAAGUU